AUGCCGGCUACUCGUCCCCAACAAUUCCACGUCGUGUCACUCCUCUCCCCAUCCUCUCUUUCCCCCCUCUCUCGCCUUCUCUCCACCCCCCUCGUCCUCGCCAUGGCCAUCGAGAAGGAGCCAGGCCAAAAAGGCGUCAACUGGUCCAACAUCGCAGUCGGUGGCAUCAUGAACAUGGUAUAUUCAUUCCAUGGUCUGUUCUGUGUUAGAAACACGCACUGA